CCCUAAUCGAACCGUCCGGCGGAAGAGAAGAGAGGGCAAAAAAGAAAGUUGACUGACGGUGACGGUAAAACGGAGCGAGACUCCCUCCCGAUCAGACGUUCCUCGUUGAUGUUGAUGGAUUGAGGUCCGAGGACUGUAAUAUCUCCAUUCCCUACAGACAGCACAGCGGCCAACCGGCUUGCACAUUCAUUUCCUCUUCCAGAUCUCUCCAAUUUAUUUCUCUACUCCGGUAAAGCUUGCAAUCACUCAUCCAAGUCCGAGGAAGAAAUCCAAUUCGAAAUUCGCCAGUUUUUGUUGGGAAGUAUCUUGGCGAUUAGGGUUUCUGAUAUCUAUCUGCCCGGAGUAGUAUUCAUCACCUUCCUCCCUCACUUCCUCCCCUGUUUCUGCCCGGUAAACCGCUAGAGGACGCGAGGUAGCUGACAGACGAACGAGUUCUGCUAGGGGUUUUUGCAGGAACCCAUUGCCAUGGCUGACGCUUCCAACGGUCGCGUUACUAUUACUCUUGGUCCUGGUGGUCAGGUAGUGAAGCGUGCUGUGUCGGCUGUUGGCAAUUCAGAUUCGCUGCUAGGUGUUGGAGGGAAGCGCUCUGUGAGGGAUCGAUUAGGAGGUGACUCGGAGGGUUCCAAACGGCAUCGAAGCGAUAAUUAUUUGACUGCUGCGAACGCUGCUGGUGUUAGAGAUGCACGUAUUGGCAAGGGUGAUCUACGAUUCAAACUCCUGCAAAAGAAUGCGGGUAGAAGAGCUCAAAGUGAUGAUGACCAGAGGGAUUUGCGAGAUAAGCUCCCACGGACAACGCAAUCAUUUAGUCGCCUUCCUGCAAGUCUUGGUACUGGGGAGCGCAUGUCAGAUCCCCGAGAGACUAGUCUUAUGGGCAGAAUCCCUUCUUCAGGAAGCCCCAGUGAAUUGUCCCGGAUGGAAUCAUCAAGAAAUUCAUAUUCACCUUGGACUUUGGACCAUAUAAGACGAAGAUCUCCUGGUAGGAUCAUAACUGCUUCAACAGUCCCUGAUAGGGUUAUGCGUACGUCUAGAGGGUUUUCCCCACCAAGACACGAGGAUGAAGUUCAGGGGAGGUCAUUAGGCAGGUAUACUGAUGAUGUUAGACCGGUUUCGUACAUGACAAGAGACAUUCAUGAUGCUCCAAGGUCCAUGAGUAGCUCCACUCAUUUCAUGCCAAAACCGGGUUUGCCUACUGUUUCAAGAAAAAGUGCUGCACCGAUUUCGGCUCCAGUUGCUCCAGCGAUAAGUGUUCUGUCGAAACAAACAUAUGCAGGGGAAGAACAGCAGACUGUUGAAGGCUUAUUGCAUUCGCUUGGAUUGGAGAAAUAUGCCAUCAUUUUCAAAGCUGAGGAGGUGGACAUGCAUGCACUGAAGCAGAUGGGGGAAAGUGACCUGAAAGAACUUGGGAUACCUAUGGGGCCUAGGAAGAAGAUUCUUCUCUCCCUUCCGCCUCAUUCUAAAAGACAACCUCGGUGAUGAGAUGCACCUUGCAAUGUAGCGUGACGGGUUCAACUUUAGUAGCAGAGUCAGAAAACUCGCUCUCGAAACCAAGUUACCAACAGCACCAUGCGUUCUUCAAAUUUUGCACACUGGACUUGGGGGGUGUUGCUAAAAUACUGAUGGAAAUGAGAGGAAAUUACGAGGUUCCAAGAUCUUUUGGUUGACAUAUCUUUCGCCUUUGUACCUUGUUUUUUUUUUUUUUUGGUUUUGGUUUUGGUUUUUGUGAUACUGUGAACUAAAUGCAGGAUUUGCUAAGCUGGCUGUAUUUUUAUGAAGAGGGUCAAAUGUAAAGAUGUUCCUAACUGAGUCAGUUUUUCCAGUUAUUGCGCAAAUUUGUUUUGUACCUCCGAUUCCAUUAAUUCUGCGAGCUGUGUAGUGCCUAGUGUGAACUUCUGUGUUGCCUUUGUAGGUGAUUUUAUUGACAAAAAUCAAGAAUUUUUUCGUUG